CGCACUAUGUGUACGUACAGUAGAAGAAACUCAGAAUUUUAUGUUUUGUGUCGUUGAAAUUUGUCAGAUUUUAGAAUGUUUUCGGGAAUUCAAGGCGGUCAGCCGAACCAGCAAGCUAUGAGACCAGAGUUGUACGAGGAAGUGAAACUGUAUAAAACAGCUAGAGAGAGAGAAACUUAUGACAACAUGGCAGAUCUGUUUUCUAUCAUCAAUACAUUGCAAUGUUUAGAAAAGGCAUACAUAAGAGAUGCUGUCACACCAAAAGAAUACACAGCAGCAUGCUCCAAACUCCUCAUGCAAUACAAAGCUGCCUUCAAGCUUGUMCAGUCUGAUGAAUAUCCAACAGUUGAUGCUUUUAUGAAAAAAUUUCGACUUGAUUGUCCAGCAGCUCUGGAAAGAAUCAAUGAAGGUCGACCUAUCACAAUAAAAGAUGACAAAGGAAAUACCAGCAAAGCCAUUGCUGACUCUGUCUCUCUAUUUAUUACAAUAAUGGAUAAACUUAGGCUGCAAAUACGAGCUGUGGAUGAGGUUCAACCAGAUCUACGGGACUUAAUGGAUACAAUGAAUAGCAUGUCUAAUUUACCUGAUGAUUUUGAAGGCAAAGACAAAGUUAACACAUGGUACAUGACCCUGAACGGAAUGAAAGCAAGUGAUGAACUUACAGAUGAACAAGUACGACAGAUGUUAUAUGAUCUAGAGCAAGCCUAUAAUGCAUUUAACCGAACUCUUCAACAUUCAUAGAAUGCAUAGUACACAUUUUGUAGUUGAAUAAAAUAGUUGAUAGAUUUAUAACUAGAUUCUUCAACUCUAGAACAGUUUGUGGUAAAAUUAUCAUUUCUCAGCAUAUGUGAUCUAUGAUUUCUUGAAUUUUCUCUGGAAUAAGCUGCCUGAGAACACUUGGUGAAAGUUAUUUUUAAUGUAGUUUAAAACUGCACAAUAGAAAAAAAUCCCUUCUAUUUGUACAUAUAAUAUAGAUUGAAAAUUACAAUCUCAUAUUGCUUUCAUAGUACUAUCAUGCGUUCCAAGAUUCAUUUAAUUUAAGGCAGCAAUACUUAUUGCAAAUAAUUAUAUCAAGAAGCAAGUAGCCAAAGGGACCAAUGUGAACCAUUCAAAAUCUUUGUCGUCAGCAAAGCAUAUGGGGAAGAUGACAACGUCUAAACUUGUGAACUUUAUAUCCAUCUUCCAUUGCGUAUUUUGACAGUGAUGUAGGUCUCAGCCAGGAAAUCACUGGAAAUGGUAGACAGCGCUUGAAUUUCAGCUUUGUAACCCUUGUUCAGCAUGAGCUCAACCUAGAAUACAUUUAAAUAUUAAUAUAACACUAUAAUGUUAUAACAUCACAUUAACACUCUCACUAGCAACCCAGUUAAAGUAAUAUGUGAUAAUAUUAUGCCUACCUCUUUCUGCCAAGAUGGCUGAUUUUCAAUAUAAGGUUUAGUCAAAAGUGAUUGACAUUUUUUCCUGUCUUGUUUACUCAAUGGUAUUUUCACAUGAUCAGAUAUUGAUAACCUUGUGAAUAAAGCAGAGGAUACUGUUUUUUUAGUGAACUAAGCAAUCUUAAAAGGUAACUGUGCCUUAAGAGCUUGCRUGAUAAAAACCUGUAAGUCCUGUCUAGCAUUACUGAUGCUUAUGGAUCAUCUCAGUGAGACAAAAAGYUUCCUUUCACAAGGAACUGUCAACAAGACUAGUUUAGGAUAGUUCUGCUAAARAUUAUGRUCAAAUAAACUGAAAAGAUUCUUAAUAA